GUUGUAAAGUUAUUUUAAUGUUGUAGUUAAAAAUGUCAGUUUUCCUCCAGUCAUUGUGUUCCCCUGAGGGCAUUUGAGCGGUGGAAUUUCCGAGCUCGACAGCAGCCCUGAACGCCGCAGACUUGGCUCAGUUCUCGCUCUCAGUCCGGUCGGCUGAGCUCUGCUUACCGGCCCGCUGAGCUGAACUGUGUCGCCGCCUGGGAUCAGCUCAAAAGAAAUGGGAGUGCCUUGAUUUCAGCACCAACACCGGCAAAACGAACGACUGGGAACGUCUUCGUUUGGACGCGAAAAAUAGCAGCUCGGCGUAUCGGUUCUUUGACGGAGAAAAACUUCGUCCUUAAGAAACCUGCCCCCUCCAUCUCAUUGGUUGGAUGAACACCAAACAGCGUCUCAGCUGUGACCAGUGAUUGGGCACUGAGCCAGACGGGGCAGCCAGAGGACAGCCAGGCUUGCCAUCAUGGCGGAUGUGGACCCAGACACGUUGCUGGAGUGGCUGCAGAUGGGACAGGGCGAUGAGCGGGACAUGCAGCUCAUCGCCUUGGAGCAGCUCUGCAUGCUGCUGCUCAUGUCGGACAACGUGGACCGCUGCUUUGAGACAUGUCCUCCUCGAACGUUCCUCCCAGCGCUUUGUAAGAUCUUCUUGGACGAGAGCGCUCCUGAUAACGUGCUGGAGGUCACGGCCAGAGCCAUCACCUACUACCUGGACGUGUCGGCAGAAUGCACGCGGAGGAUCGUGGGUGUGGACGGGGCCAUAAAGGCCCUGUGCAACCGGCUGGUGGUGGUGGAACUCAACAACAGGACCAGCAGGGAUCUGGCUGAGCAGUGUGUUAAGGUGCUGGAGCUGAUCUGUACCAGGGAAUCUGGCGCCGUGUUUGAAGCCAGCGGUCUGAACUGCGUUUUGAGCUUCAUACGCGACAGUGGUCACCUGGUCCACAAAGACACUCUGCACUCUGCAAUGGCAGUGGUGUCUCGCCUCUGUAGCAAGAUGGAGCCGCAGGACUCUUCUCUAGAAACCUGCGUGGAGUCUCUGUCCAGCCUCCUGAAACAUGAGGAUCACCAGGUGUCAGACGGUGCUCUGCGUUGCUUCGCCUCAUUGGCUGAUCGGUUUACUCGUCGAGGCGUAGACCCCGCCCCUCUGGCCAAACAUGGACUGACGGAGGAGCUGCUUUCCCGCAUGGCGGCUGCCGGAGGUUCCGUGUCGGGCUCUUCUUCUGCCUGUAAACCAGGUCGGCCCUCCACUGGUGCCACACCGUCUGCCUCCGACUCCAAACUGAGCAACCAGGUGUCCACCAUCGUUAGCCUGCUGUCCACGCUCUGCCGGGGGUCGCCAGUGGUCACUCAUGACUUGUUACGUUCGGCACUCCCUAACUCCAUGGAGUCUGCGCUGGGAGGAGACGAGCGCUGUGUGCUGGACACCAUGCGGCUGGUCGACCUGCUGCUGGUGCUUCUGUUCGAGGGGCGGAAAGCGCUGCCAAAGUCCACCGCCGGCUCAGCAGGUCGGAUCCCGGGGCUUCGCCGGCUGGACAGCUCAGGGGAGCGGUCGCACCGACAGCUCAUCGACUGCAUCCGCAGCAAAGACACGGACGCCCUGAUAGAUGCCAUCGACACUGGAGCUUUUGAAGUGAACUUCAUGGACGACGUGGGACAGACGCUGCUGAACUGGGCCUCAGCUUUUGGAACACAGGAAAUGGUGGAGUUUUUGUGCGAGAGGGGUGCAGAUGUGAACCGAGGCCAGAGGUCAUCCUCGCUGCACUACGCUGCCUGUUUCGGACGGCCACAAGUUGCCAAGACGCUGCUGCGGCACGGAGCCAACCCGGACCUGAGGGAUGAGGACGGGAAGACUCCUUUGGACAAAGCCAGGGAGAGGGGACACAGUGAGGUGGUGGCCAUCCUUCAGUCUCCGGGAGACUGGAUGUGUCCAGUGAACAAAGGAGACGACAAGAGGAAGAAAGAUGCGAGUAAGGAAGAAGAGGAGGGCAGUGAACCCAAAGGAGACCCAGAAAUGGCUCCUUUCUACCUGAAAAGACUCCUCCCUGUUUUUGCACAAACCUUUCAGCAAACCAUGCUGCCUUCCAUCAGGAAAGCCAGUCUGGCCCUCAUCAGGAAGAUGGUUCACUACAGCAGCGAGGUUCUGCUGAGGGAGGUGUGCGACAGUGAGACGGGACACAACCUGCCCACAGUGCUGGUGGAGAUCACCGCCACCGUCCUCGACCAGGAGGAUGAUGACGACGGUCACCUGCUGGCUCUGCAGAUCAUCAGGGAUCUGGUGGACAAAGGUGGAGAUGUUUUCCUUGACCAGCUGGCCCGACUCGGGGUCAUCAACAAGGUGUCGACCUUGGCCGGACCGACGUCUGAUGAUGAGAACGAGGAUGAAGUCAAACCUGAAAAGGAGGAGGAGGUGCAGGAAGAUGCAAAGGAAAUCCAGCAGGGGAAGCCGUACCACUGGAGGGACUGGUCCAUCAUCAGAGGCAGGGACUGCCUCUACAUUUGGUCAGACGCCGCCGCCCUCGAGCUCUCCAACGGCUCCAAUGGCUGGUUUCGCUUCAUCUUGGAUGGGAAGCUCGCCACCAUGUACUCGAGUGGGAGCCCAGAGGGGGGGUCAGACAGCUCAGAGUCUCGCAGUGAGUUUUUGGAGAAGCUGCAGCGUGCCAGAAGUCAGGUGAAACCAGCAACAGCCAGCCAGCCCAUCCUCUCCAUGGUCGGACCCACCAAGCUGACGGUGGGGAACUGGUCUCUGACCUGCCUGAAGGAAGGCGAGAUUGCAAUUCACAACUCAGACGGGCAGCAGGCCACGAUCCUGAAGGAGGAUCUGCCCGGCUUCGUGUUCGAGUCCAACAGAGGAACCAAACACUCGUUCACUGCUGAAACGUCGCUCGGUUCUGAGUUUGUCACUGGCUGGACGGGGAAACGUGGCAGAAAGCUGAAGUCCAAGCUGGAGAAGACCAAGCAGAAGGUGAAGAGCAUGGCCAGGGAGCUGUACGACGACCACUUCAAAGCUGUGGAGAGCAUGCCCAGAGGAGUGGUGGUCACCCUGAGGAACAUCGCCACGCAGCUGGAGUCCGCCUGGGAGCUGCACAUAAACCGACAGUGUCUGGAAGGAGAGAACACGUGGAGGGACCUGAUGAAGACCGCUCUGGAGAACCUGAUUGUGGUUUUGAAGGAUGAAAACACGAUUUCUCCGUAUGAAAUGUGCAGCAGCGGCCUGGUUCAGGCUCUGUUUACCGUCCUCAGCAACAGUGUGGAGCUGGACCUGAAACAUGACUGUAAGCCUCUAAUGGAAAGGAUCAACGUCUUUAAAGCUGCUUUCAGCGAGAAUGAAGACAAUGAAAGCCGACCAGCCGUUGCCUUAGUGCGGAAGCUGAUAGCCGUCCUGGAAUCGAUCGAGCGUCUGCCCCUGCACCUGUAUGACACGCCUGGAUCCUCCUACAAUCUGCAGAUUCUGACGAGGAGGCUGCGGUUCCGUCUGGAGCGAGCGCCUGGGGAGACCGCUCUCAUUGACCGGACGGGACGCAUGCUGAAGAUGGAGCCGCUCGCCACCGUAGAGUCUCUGGAGCAGUACCUGCUGAAAAUGGUCGCUAAACAGUGGUACGACUUUGAACGCUCAUCCUUCGUUUUUGUGAGAAAACUGAGAGAAGGACAGAUCUUCACCUUCAGGCACCAGCACGACUUUGACGAGAACGGCAUCAUCUACUGGGUCGGAACCAACGCCAAGACGGCGUACGAGUGGGUGAACCCCGCAGCGUACGGCCUGGUGGUGGUGACCUCCUCCGAGGGGAGGAAUCUGCCUUAUGGGCGUUUGGAGGACAUCCUGAGUCGGGAUAGCUCCGCCCUCAACUGCCACACGAACGACGACAAGAACGCCUGGUUCGCAGUUGACCUCGGCCUCUGGGUGAUUCCGUCAGCGUACACUCUGAGGCACGCCAGGGGGUACGGACGCUCUGCGCUCAGGAACUGGGUUUUCCAAGUGUCCAAGGACGGACAGAACUGGUCCACACUCUACAACCACAUCGACGAUGGCAGUCUCAAUGAACCGGGGUCUACGGCCACGUGGCCUCUGGACCCGUCCAAAGAGGAGAAGCAGGGCUGGAGACACAUCCGCAUCAAGCAGAUGGGGAAGAACGCCAGCGGUCAGACACACUACCUGUCCUUAUCUGGGCUGGAGCUGUACGGCACGGUCACCGCCGUAUGCGAGGACCAGCUGGGUAAAGCUGUGAAAGAGGCGGAGGCCAACCUUCGUCGCCAGCGGCGCCUCUUCCGUUCUCAGGUCAUGAAGUACAUCGUCCCAGGUGCGCGGGUCAUCCGUGGCAUCGACUGGAAGUGGAGGGACCAGGAUGGAAACCCGGCAGGGGAAGGCACUGUCACUGGGGAGGCGCACAACGGCUGGAUUGAUGUAACCUGGGAUGCUGGCGGCUCUAACUCUUAUCGUAUGGGCGCCGAAGGGAAGUUUGACCUCAAGCUUGCUCCAGGGUACGACCCUGAGCUGGCUGCCACAGCGCCAUCACCCAAACCUGUCUCAUCCGCUGUUUCAGGUCCCGCCUCCUCCACGGUGGGACCCUCUGCGACGCCAGCAGCUGUUGGCGGAACCACCAUCACCACCUCAUCCUCCUCCACCACCUCAUCGUCCUCGCAGCAGCCUUCCUGGAGCAGUUUGGUGAAAAAUAACUGUCCCGACAAGGGAGGGGCCAGCUCCUCCAGCAGGAAGGGUAGCAGCAGCUCCGUCUGCAGCGUCGCUUCCUCCUCUGACAUCAGUCUGAGCUCCUCCAUUGGGCUGCCUGGCGCUGGGAGCCUGCAGCUGGACAGGAAGGCCGAGGGGCUGCUGCUAGAUCAGGCCGCGGGGGUGGAAGGGGUGACGGGGGGAGGGACCGGUUCCGAUGGACAUCAGCAAGAGCCGAUAGUCGUUCUGUCCUCCGUGACCGAAUCCGGUUCGGCGUCCAGCUCCGGCACGCUCACCGCCGACGUGUCAACGGCGGGUGACGAGCAUCACUCCCCCUCUGCAAUGGCCACUGCUGUGGACCCGGCCACGGCCAUCUCCAUGGGCUUGGUGAGCGUCAGCUCCCCGGACGUCAGCUCCGUGUCGGAGCCCUCCAGCAAAGACACUCACUCCCAGAGGCCGCUGUGCUCGGCCGUGAACACCCGGCUGUCCGUCAGCUCCCUGCUGGCCGCCAGCGCUCCCAUGAGCUCCAGCGCCAGCGUGCCCAAUCUGUCCUCUCGGGAGGCCAGCCUCAUGGAGUCCUUCGUCCGCCGCGCGCCCAACAUGUCCCGCACCAACGCUACCAACAACAUGAACCUGAGCCGCAGCAGCAGCGACAACAACACCAACACACUGGGCAGGAACGUGAUGAGCACAGCCACAUCUCCUCUUAUGGGCGCUCAGAGCUUUCCUAACCUCACCACCACUGGCACCACCUCCACCGUUACCAUGUCAACCUCCAUAGUAACCUGCGGUAAUAAUGUAGCCACAGCCACCACGGGGCUGUCUGUGGGACAGUUGCUAAGCAACACACUGACAACCAGCUUAACCUCCACAUCCAGCGAGAGCGACACGGGACAGGAGGCCGAGUUCUCCCUCUAUGACUUCCUGGACAGUUGCCGGGCCAACACGCUGCUAGCAGAGCUGGACGAUGAGGAGGACCUCCCAGAGCCCGACGACGACGACGAUGAGAAUGAAGACGACAAUCAGGAGGAUCAGGAGUAUGAGGAGGUCCUGGAGGAGGAGGAGUAUGAGACGAAGGGAGGACGGAGGAGGACAUGGGACGAUGACUUUGUCCUAAAAAGACAGUUUUCUGCUUUGGUCCCUGCCUUCGACCCCAGACCAGGAAGAACCAACGUCCAGCAGACCACCGACCUGGAGAUCCCCCCACCAGGAACUCCGCGGUCGGAGGUUCGGGAGGAGGUGGAGUGUGCCCCAUCCCCCCACCUCGCCCUCACACUGAAGGUGGCGGGUCUCGGCACGGCUCGGGAGGUGGAGAUCCCGCUCUCCAACUACAAGUUGACCAUCUUCUACUAUGUGCAGCGGCUCCUGCAGCUCUCCUGCAACGGCGCCGUAAAGACGGACAAGCUGCGGCGCAUCUGGGAGCCGACGUACACGAUCAUGUACAGAGAGCUCAAAGACUCGGACAAAGAGAAGGAGAGCGGGAAGAUGGACCUCUUUGAGCACGUUGUUGGAAGUCGUUCUGGAGGUCUGAGCCCCAGCUCGGGUUCAGCCAAUCAGAGCAGCGAGAUCCUGGGCUGGGCGAAGGAGGCGGUCCUGGCCAAGGCGGGCUGCAGCCAGAACGCCUGCGGGGUGGAAGACGUCCUGCAGCUGCUGCGCAUUCUCUAUGUGAUUGGGAGAGACUCUACUGCAGGCGGACGCACGCUGCAAGAGGAUGUUGACGAGCUGCAGUUCAACUCGCCUCCUGAGGAGUUCAGCAGCAAGAAGAUCACCACCAAGAUCCUGCAGCAGAUCGAGGAGCCCUUGGCUCUGGCUAGCGGAGCGCUGCCGGACUGGUGUGAGCAGCUCACCUCCAAGUGUCCUUUCCUGAUCCCCUUUGAGACCAGACAGCUGUACUUCACCUGCACUGCCUUUGGGGCCUCCAGGGCGAUCGUGUGGCUCCAGAACCGCCGCGAGGCGACCAUGGAGCGCUCACGGCCAUCCACCACCGUCCGGCGAGACGACCCCGGAGAGUUCAGAGUCGGUCGGCUUAAACACGAGCGCGUUAAAGUUCCUCGAGGGGAGUCCAUGAUGGAGUGGGCGGAGUCUGUGAUGCAGAUCCACGCAAACAGGAAGUCUGUUUUAGAGGUGGAGUUUCUGGGUGAGGAGGGGACGGGUCUGGGUCCGACUCUGGAGUUCUACGCUCUGGUGGCGGCGGAGUUUCAGAGAACGUCUCUGGGGAUCUGGCUCUGUGACGACGACUUCCCGGACGACGAGUCCCGACAGGUGGAUCUGGGUGGAGGUCUGAAGCCUCCUGGCUUCUACGUGCAGCGGUCCUGCGGGCUCUUCCCGGCGCCGUUCCCUCAGGACAGCGAGGAGCUGGAGCGGAUUACGCGGCUCUUCCACUUCCUGGGGAUCUUCCUGGCCAAGUGCAUCCAGGACAACCGGCUGGUGGACCUGCCCGUGUCCCAGCCUUUCUUCAAGCUGCUCUGCAUGGGGGACAUCAAGUCCAACAUGAGCAAGCUGCUGUACCAGUCCCGCGGCUCCCCCCAGGGCCACCUCUCCGAGAGGGCCCCCCUGCUGCUGCUGACGGAGGUGCAGUCGGAGGCGUCCACAGAGGAGAGCCAGGAGACCUACUCUGUGGGGAGCUUCGACGAGGACUCCAAGUCAGACUUCAUCAUGGACCCCCCCAAACCCAAGCCGCCCGCCUGGUUCCACGGCAUCAUGUCCUGGGACGACUUCCAUCUGGUCAACCCGCACAGAGCCAGUUUCCUGAAGGAGGUGAAGGAGCUGGCAGUGAGGAGGAGACAGAUUCUGACCAGCAAGAGUUUGUCAGAGGAUGAGAAGAACACCAGGCUGCAGGACCUGAUGCUGAGGAACCCGCUGGGCUCUGGGCCCCCCUUAAGCGUCGAAGACCUCGGGUUGAACUUCCAGUUCUGUCCGUCCUCCAAGAUUCACGGCUUCUUCGCGGUGGAUCUGAAACCAAACGGGGAUGACGAGAUGGUGAGUCUGGAGAACGCCGAGGAGUACGUGGAGCUGAUGUUCGACUUCUGCAUGCACGCCGGCAUCCAGAAGCAGAUGGAGGCGUUCAGAGAGGGUUUCAACCGCGUCUUCCCCAUGGAGAAGCUCAGCUCGUUCAGCCAGAAGGAGGUGCAGAUGAUCCUCUGCGGAAACCAAUCCCCCUGCUGGACCGCCGAUGACAUCAUCAGCUACACCGAGCCAAAGCUGGGAUACACCAGAGACAGCCCUGGGUUCCUGCGCUUCAUCCGAGUUUUAUGCGGAAUGUCGACGGACGAGAGGAAAGCUUUCCUGCAGUUCACCACCGGCUGCUCCACGCUGCCCCCCGGUGGCCUGGCUAACCUGCACCCGCGCCUCACCAUCGUCAGAAAGGUGGACGCCACGGACUCCAGCUACCCAUCGGUGAACACGUGCGUUCACUACCUGAAGCUGCCGGAGUACUCGUCAGAGGAGAUCAUGAGGGAGCGGCUGUUGGCGGCCACCAUGGAGAAGGGCUUCCACCUCAACUGACCUCGCCGCCGUCGCACUGAGCAUGCUCCCCAGAUCCGUCCGUCCCUCCGGCCUCACGGACGGACGGACAGACUGCUGGAGGAGGACGUUUGUGUCGUAGAACCGAGAGAAGCCUCUGUCCCACCAGCUUCAACUCGCACCCCCCCUCGCCUUGCCGGCAGCCGCCAGCUCGCCGCCAUGUCCAGCGUCCUCCUCCCGUCUUAGGAAUUUCCUGUCUGGUUUGACACCCCCACCCCCCGGCUUGUUUUAGUUUUCCCUCGGUUCCUUUUCGCUUCGUGUGUGCCGCAUUUUGGUUCGUUUCCGACCAGAAGAAGAGGUCAAAGGUCAGAGAGCCGUGAAGCUGCAGAGACAAACGGGACGGCGGCUCUGCUCUCCCUGUAUUUUCUUUGUAUAUUAUAAACCUUUAUUUAACUCAAGUCGCAGUUUGAAGUAAACAGAUAUUUUCAAAUGUGUAUGCUCCAAAAACAUCAUUAAAAUGUUUGCAAAGUA